AUGGGGAGGGCUAAUACUACCGAUUUGGCAUCGACACAAAAGAAAGAAGCUCGUCGUGCACUUCGUUGUACGCUUCGACAUAAGCUGGAGCAAGAUCAAAUCACAUUGUCCCUGCACACUCUACAAUACUGUCUCGGUCUCUCUCCUUACUGCCCAGAAGAAUUCAACAUCCGACUGUCUCGCUAUGCAAUAUCCUCAGAUUUCUCCGAUGCCGUGCUGGUUGCUCUGGACAUAGAAGGAACGAAAGCCCGAGAAAUCGGUUUCUCGAUACUCGACACUCGUAGCUUUUCGGCCUCAGUGCUAACCGAUCCGAAUCCCUCAAUCCAGACGUACAACUACAUCAUCCGUCAAAACGAAGUCAAAACGAUCCAAAGACAGUUCAAAUAUGGCAUCUCUCAGCGUAUCGAUAUUCGCUGGGUGCCAUGGGGCUUGAACAAAGUUCUUAAAACAGGCUCACCAGAUCCAGCCAUCACCGAAGCUAGGAACGUCAUACUUAUUGGUCAUAACAUUGGUUCCGAUUUCGGCAUGCUACUCAGAGCUGGAAUUAGAUUUGAGCAAGUGUUGAAAAUCCCUGUUGUGGAUACGAGAGUAGCAUGUCUACAGAUAUUCCAGAAAGAGAGCAUGCAGCCAAGUCCAGGUCUCGAAGAACUGGUUGAAAGGCUCAACGUUGACAAAUUGCGCAAUUGGAAGCACGUCGCUGGAAACGAUGCCAACGUCACGUUGAAAGUUUUGCUGAAAAUGGUGAUACACAGUUGUGAUAUGUGGAGUAUGACGGGAAAGGAGAGGGAAAGGAGAGAGCUUCUGAAUAGUGUGGUUGAGGCAAACCGUGCGAAUGGCUGGGACGCCACGAAUUCGAUCGUGGACGUUCAUGUCAGCAUGUUCACUGACGCAGAAUUUGAAGCUCAAAAAAGGGAAGUACAGGCGGAUGAUAUGAGACAAGCCAUUUUGGAAGCAAUGAAAAGUAAGGAGCAGAGCAAAGAUAAAACGGAAGUUAAGUACGACUGCAGCGAAAUGACAGAGGUUUGUUGUGCUGGAAUAUUCGACGACUAA